ACCACACCAACCCUCCAAAAGGAACACUACAAAAAUACACUACAUUACUUUCUCUCCUUCAGCCAGCCUUCAAGGACGAAACCCAGAAACCAUUUUCUCUAUUUUCAACCUUUCUGCAACAUCUAUGGCUCGUUCUACUGCUUUUUCUCUCAUUUUCUUGGUUAUCUUUCCUGCAUUUCUGUCAAACAUAGAAGGGAGGAAGCUUCUGAUAACUAAUACAGAGUACGACGACGUCAAAAAGGAGACUGCAGUCGACUCGUCUCUGUUCCAAGCCCUUCCCAAGGGUACAGUUCCAUCUUCUUCUCCUAGCAAAAAAGGUCAGGCCACCCUAAAUAAUGAGCAGCUUUUUCAGAGGCAUCUCGCUAGCAUCGAUCGGAUUCUACGGUCUGUUCCGAGCCCUGGUGUUGGCCAUUGAGCCUCUCACUCCCAGUUUUUCAUAUUCUUUAAAAUUCAAUACCAGUUUUUGUCGCUAAAAUUUUGAUAACUUUUUUUUUUUUUUUCUGUAUAGACAUUAGGGAUAUAAGCAUAUAACUCUCUUUCAUUUCGUUUUUCUUACAAGGGAUUGAUUUACAUGCAUCCCUUUUGAUUAAGAACCAUUUGGGAUUGUAGAAUUUCUUUUAAUUAAUUUUAUAUAUCAUAUUUAUUUAAUAUA